AAAAAUGGAUGAUCAUCCAACUAGGAAUUCCAAAUCGGGCCUCUUUCCAGAGCUCCGACUUUCCGAACUGCAGAUCACCGACGUCGUGAUUUUACCUAGUUUUUUUCCGAAUUCCCAGUUGUCUUGAACGCUGUAUUUCGGCAAGGCGGAUUCUCAGCAACUGUAUUUACGUCAGAUGCCCUAAUUUAUUAUAUUGCACUGAUCUGAAGAGGUGUGUUCUGUUUACAGAUCUACUGGAGGGAUGGAGACCCAUAAUUUGUCCUGUGCCAUUUGCUUGGACCGCUUCAAAGUCCCAGUCACCAUCCCAUGCGGUCACACCUUCUGUCGAGACUGCAUCACGACUCACUGGGACACCAAGUCCAAGUGCGACAUCGGGCCGCAUUGCCCUAUCUGCAAUGAGAAAUUCCCCACUAGACCCAUCCUAAAACGCAAUGUGUCCCUGUCCGUCCUGGCUGAGGCCACAGCGAACAGUGCCGGUGCAUUCGGUAGAGACACUGUACCGGUUAUGAGGGGUGACAUGGCCAGGGCCACGCACCUGAUUCUGUGUGACCGACACAAGAAGCCCCUGGUGUACUACUGCCGGAAGGACAACAUGUGUGUGUGCUGCGAGUGUGCCAUCUCCGAGUGUAAGAACCACGAGAAAGUGCUGGUGGAGGCUGAGAAGGAGAACCGAGAGUUACUACUGAGGAGGAAGAGUGUGGAGGUGGGAAUAUGUAUGGAGAAGACUGAGAGGAGCAUCGCUGAGCUGACGGAGAACAUCACCAAAGCCAAGGUGACCCUGCAGCAGACCUCCCACUGGGUGAAUGCCAAGUUUUCCAUGCUGUUGAAGGUGCUAGCAGAGAAACAGGAGUCUACAGAGAACUUCAUUGAGCAGGAGAAGGAGGCUUCCCUCUCCCAGGGGGAGGCUAGGUUGGAGGAGCUACAGGAGAGGGCCAAGCAACUCGGGGAGCGCCAGAGCCAGAUCGCAACUCUUCGCAACCUGCCCGACAUCCAGCUAAUACAGGAGUCUCGGCUGGUGGAGGUCCCUCGCAUGAAGGACAUUCCAGUGGAUGUGACCCCUAACCUGCAGGAGAGGCUCAGCGGGGUGACAGACGUCCUCUCACGGAUCUCCAAGCUAGUGUCUGAGGACCUGGAGAAGGCUGUGUCUACAGCUGUGGGGCAGGACAAGCAAGGUUCUCCCCAGGAUAAGCGCCCUGUCCUGGCUGUGGUCCCCAGUCCUGCUGCUCCAUGCCACCCCGCUGGGAAGGAGGGCCUCAGUGAAUACCGCUGCACCCUGACCUUUGACCCUCGCACAGCCAACAGUCACCUGCUCCUCUGCCAGGAGAACCUACGGGCGGAACACCUGACCUCUGGGCCGCGCCCUGUUCCAGCCCACGAAGCUCGCUUUGACCACACCUGGCAAGUGCUCUGCUUCCAGGGCUUCAAACACGGAAAGCACUACUGGGAGCUGGAGUUGUCCAAGCCAUGGGCCUACCUUGGGGUGACUUACGAGGGCAUCCCCAGGAAGGAAAAGGGGAAAAGGUGCAUGGUGGGAAUGAACGAUCUGUCCUGGAGCCUCCAGCUGGAUGAGCGCCAGCUGAGUGCCUGGCACAACGGCCGCCGGGAGACGGUGGCUGGCCACUCCCACCACUCCCGCAUCGGAAUUCUGCUGGACUACGAGGCUGGAACACUGACGUACUAUGGAGACGGGCAUACGCGGCUGCAUGCCUUCCACUGUGCCUUCACUCAGGAGCUGUUCCCCGCCUGUUGGAUAGGGGAGGGCGUGAGCAUCACCCUCUGCUCGCCAUGACGACAACACGAAAGGGAAUGACCGUGAUCUAACAAUCUCUUAUAGGACUAGUCUUGGGAAACUAUAACCCUGUUUAUACCUGGUGCUAACAUGGGUCCUUUGUCCUGAUCUUGCCUACAUUCUGAUUGUGCCUACAUUUCCAGAAAUGUGUCAGCAUACAGUAUGCUAUUAAAAUGUGCCUGUGGUUGGUCCAUUGUGUCUCCAUUUUGACCAGAUUUCCUUGUCCCUUUAUGCAAAUUAUUUCACAGCUUUCAAAAUAAUAUUUAUUUAAGACACAUAUUGAUGUAAUCAGUCUAUAAUCAGUCAAUGGUGCCACCUGUCAAUGAGAGUGGAGAGUGGAAUAAUUAUGAUUUAAAUGGUUUCUCUGUCCGGAUCUGUCUACACUUGUAAAAUAUCCAGACACUGUGUGUCUGACGACCUCCAGUCACAAUCAAAUUACAAUGUGUCUUGAUUGUCAACACCUGUCUAAAAAUGUGGGCACAAUCAGGAUGUUGACAGGAUCAGGACAAAGGACACAAGUUAGAACCAGGUAAAAACGGGGCUUAUGGCAACAGGUUCAGUUAUUUUUUGGGAACCAUAGACAUUGCAUCAUUGUAUCUGUCCAAGUAUGGCGUCUGUGAGAGCACGGAAAAGUCUAAACGGGAUCCUAGGGAUGUCCCAACUCUGACAUCAUCCCAUUGAAGUUGAAUUUUAAACAUUUUGAGUUAGGGUUGGGGGGUAGAUCAUUUUCAGCUGUUCGUGCAUACAUAUUUUUCUAGAGACAAGCCUGAAGUUCGAAGCCGAAGUUUACACCCCUUUGUCGGUGAUUGGUCAACAGUAGUGAUUUUUCAAUUAAGUGUAUGUUGUCAUUCAACGAGAGGUUAAUAGUUUUCAUGUACACCACCGUUCUAAAGUUUGGGGUCACUUAGAAAUGUCCUUGUUUUUGAAGGAGAAGCACAUUUUUGUCCAUUAAAAUAACAUCAAAUUGAUCAGAAAUACAGUGUAGAC